AUGGAACAUUACAAGCCUCCAAACAAAGGAUAUCUUCCUCCACAUGAGGAGAUGGAACAUUACAAACCCCCAAACAAAGGAUAUCUACCUCCACACAAGGACAUGGAACAUUACAAGCCUCCAAACAAAGGAUAUCUACCUCCACACAAGGACAUGGAGCAUUAUAAGCCUCCAAACAAAGGAUAUCUUCCUCCACAUGAGGAGAUGGAACAUUACAAGCCCCCAAACAAGAGUUACCCUCCUCCUCAUGAGGAUAUGGAACGCUACAAACCCCCAAACAAAGGAUAUCUUCCUCCACACAAGGACAUGGAACAUUAUGAACCUCCAAACAAAGGAUAUCUUCCACCACAUGAGGAUAUGGAACAUUACGAGCCUCCAAACAAGAGUUACCGUCCUCCUCAUGAGGAUAUGGAACAUUACAAACCCCCGAGCAAAGGAUAUCUUCCACCUCAUGAGGAUAUGGAACAUUACAAACCCCCGAGCAAAGGAUAUCUUCCCCCACAUGAGGAUAUGGAACAUUACGAGCCUCCAAACAAAGGAUAUCUUCCUUCACACAAAGAUAUGGAACAUUAUGAACCUCCAAACAAAGGAUAUCUUCCCCCACAUGAGGAUAUGGAACAUUACGAGCCUCCAAACAAAGGAUAUCUUCCACCACAGAAGGAUAUGGAGCAUUACCAGCCUCCAAACAAAGGAUAUCUUCCUCCGCAUAAGGAUAUGGAACAUUAUGAACCCCCACACAAAGGAUAUCUUCCUCCACACAAAGAUAUGGAACAUUAUGAACCUCCAAACAAGGGAUAUCUUCCCCCUUAUAAGAACAAUGACCAGCAUGACCAUGUGGCCCAGAUGCAACCCCCAUCCAAAGGCUAUUUACCCCCUCAUAAAGACAUGCAACAUAUGAAGCCUCCAAGGGAACAUUACCAGGUUGAUAAGGAUCACAUGUCUCACUACAAGCCCCCGUCCAAGGGAUAUCUUCCUCCUGAGGAUGGAAUGAAGCAUCUUCAAACUCCAUCAAAAGCUUAUUUGCCUCCUAAAUCUACAACUAGCUAUGCGUCCCAGAUGUGGAUUGUCCCGGUAGUGGGCUUUGUUGUCAUGAUGGCUGUACAAAUGUUUGUAUCAAUGGGUACCAUCAAAUUGAGAGCUCAUUCCAUGUUCACCACCAUCACCAUGUCAGCUAUCAUGUGCCACCCAACUCAAAGUACUUAG